UCAUGAUCAGUUGCUUUGAAAUAACAGAUCUUUGCCUCCAGUAAGUUAACAUAAGUCUACAAAAUUCAUAUAACGACUACGUCUUGUCACACAAAGGAGUUACGUCACAGGACGGCUCUACCGCUGGGUUGUGAUUCAGUCGGCCUUCUGCAGAUGACUCUGUGAGUCUUAUCAGAAAUAAACCACAAACACUCAUGUUUCUUCCAAAGGUCACUGUAUAACAGCACCAUAUGUGAAGCAAAUCGAGCUAUGUGAACAGUUUAGUGUAGUUUACAUUGUCUACAAUAUAAUAUAAUAUAUAGUAUAAGAUACUACUGGCCGAUCAAAAUAUUAAGUUAACCGGAACUUCCUAACACAACUACACUUACAAUAUUAACUUUAUGCAAUGGAGUAGUUUUUGAGCAGGUAGUGGUCUCUCAGAUACUAAAAAUUUUCGGUGCAUUUUACGUAAAACAAAGGUUCAUUACAGUUUACACAAGAGGUCGCCACUGGACCCUACCCCUCGCCAGAUAAAUCUGUUCCACAUUUGCUCACUAAUUUUGAUUAUUUGUGAUAUUACACUACUCCAAUUUACGUUUUCAUCAUGGCCUCCUUCUUUCACGUUUCCCUAUCAAAAUUCUGUGUGAAUUACACAUCUCUUCUAGGUCUACUACGUGCUGUGUGUAUUCUUGGUUUAAUCGUCGUAAUAGAAUUUUUUAAGAAUUAAAAUUAAGAAUAAUUUGGUUACAUGACUUUAGCAGAAAUAGAAUUUAUUGGUGCUGAUAAACUAUGAAUCAUAUUAUUAUUCUCUUGUCAGCUUUCCAUUCUAGAUGAAUCAGACAUUCUUACACCAGUGAAUGAUAAGGGACUUUGCCCCCCUAGUGUCAUCUCUCAGUUCGUCAUCGACAGCAGAACUUCGAUUUAUUUUAUUAUAACUCCUUCCUUAUUCUUUAUUUAGUGAUUAUAUCAUUGCCUGUGGAUUGGUUUAAAGUAAAUUCUACCCUACAACACGUCGUGAUUACUUAGUAUAAAUAUCCAAAGUUGCAGUAAGAAUGUUCACUUUUACUAAAACAGCUGUAGGAAUAUAUUGUUAUACAGUUUUAUUCAAUGAGGGUUUCAGAGUGGACGAUGCAAUUGUUAGCGACUUUAUGUUGUCAAUAUAUACUGUGCACAGACGGAAAAGAUACGGCCAUCAAGACGUGGACAGACACUGGACUGAAGUUACAGCUCCCUAUGCCGAAGUUGAUAACACAACAUGGCUACCCGGCGGAGACCCACACAGUGACAACUGAAGACGGCUACAUCCUCACGAUGCAUCGCAUUCCCUACAGCCCAAAAUCAAACAGCACGGACACCAAGAGACCUGUCGUGUUCCUGCAACAUGGUCUUAUAAGCAGCUCCGUGGAUUGGGUCAUCAUGGGACCGGACAAAUCAUUGGCCUAUUUAAUGGCUGAUGCUGGUUAUGACGUAUGGAUGGGGAACGCACGAGGAAAUGUCCACUCCACAAAACACGAGAGCCUGUCGCCUUCAUCUUCAAAAUUCUGGAGUUUCAGCUGGCAUGAAAUGGGCGUGUACGACUUACCAGCUGAAAUCGACUACAUCCUGACAAACACAGGGCAGAAGGACCUUUCCUACGUGGGUCAUUCAAUGGGCACUACCAUGUUUUUUGUGCUCAUGUCUUUGAAGCCAGAGUAUAAUGCCAAAAUCCGCCACAUGGUGGCUCUGGCACCUGUCGCCUUUCUGAGGAACACGAAAUCUCUCUUUGCUGCAGCCACCAAGUUUGUUCCAAAAGGAUUACUGACUGAAUUCUUGUAUAAUAGACAAUUCUUCCCAAAUACGAAGUUUAUAAACGGGCCACUACGAACACUUUGCAAAACUGGUGCAAUCACACAGGGACUGUGUACCAACAUCUUAUUCCAGAUUGGUGGAUUCAACUCUAACCAAAUCAACCAAAAUAUGCUUCCGAUAAUUUUUACUUAUUUUCCUGCCGGGUCCUCUUUUAAAGCCUGGACACACUACGGUCAGCUUAUGAGAUCAGGUAUGUUCAGGCAGUAUGACUACGGAUUUAUACGGAAUUUGAUCAAAUAUGGAAAUACCAACCCUCCAGAAUACAAUUUUGCUGUGAUUACUUCACCAGUGAGCCUGAUAGUUGGUCAAAAUGAUUGGCUAGCGACGCCAGAGGUAAGUGAAUCCAUUAGUGUAUUUUCUCGAUUCGGCGUUCUUUGUAGAAUCGUCUUGAGACAAAGAAAUUAGGAUAAUUUAAGUUUU